AGCAUCGAGGCGGCUGUCGCUAAUGCGGGAAAGGAAAACGACUUUGCACAGCAGACGAUCCGGCGCGAGGCAAGGUCAUGGGUGGGAAAGCGACCGCAGCUUCACCACGCCCACCAGCAGCAGCAGCAGCCUCAGCAGCAGGGUGUGCCGCAGCAGGGCGCACCGCAGCAGCAGCAGCAGCAGCAGCAGCAGCAGCAGCAGCAGCAGCAGCAGCAGCAGCAGCAGCAGCAGGGUGUGCGGCAGCAGGACGCGCAGCAGCAGCAGCAGCAGGAGCAGCAGCAGGGUGCGCCGCAGCACGGCCCACCGCAGCAGCAGCAGCAGCGGGCCGCAAAUCCAGGAAAGUUUCAUGGUGUGAGACAACAAGGUCGUAGGUGGCAUGCCUACGUCAGGAUCAACAUUGGCAAUCGUAAGGAUGUGGUGGCACUCAGCAUGUCUAUGGACUCAGAGGUGGAGGCCGCCCGAGCAUAUGAUGUGGUAAAGAUCGCGCUCGGCCGGCGCCGCGGAGAACUCAACUUCGACGCCUCCAGCUACAACGAU